AUGGAUUGCGGGGAUGCGGGGUAUAAGUAUGGUGACCAUGAUGGGCUCAUGUCCAAACUGUGCCGUGCUUGCUUUUACCCCGAGGCAUUCACGCGCUACGUGCACCUCCUCGAGCCCUUCUACAACCUGCCCACCAAUGUGUUGUCGCCUGCUGAUUCGCAGAGGGCUAAGAUUACGGGCUUGUUUCUGCUGUUGUUGUUGGUGAAGGGGGAUUAUGCGGGGUUUCAUACGGAGCUCGAGGCGUUGGAGAUUCAGGGCGCGGAUGUGGAGGGGGAUCCGUUUUUGGGGUAUCCGGUUAGGUUGGAGAGGUGGUUGAUGGAGGGGAGCUAUGAUCAGGUGUGGAAGGCGAUGAGGAGUAGGGAGGUGCCGAGUGAGGAGUUUGGGAUCUUUUCUGAGAUCCUGAUCCCACGCAUCCGCGCCGAAAUCGCAUCGUGCUCCGAGCGCGCAUACCCUUCCCUCCCCGUCUCGAGCACGAAGGACCUCCUCUUCCUCGACUCCGAGGGCGCCGUGGUGCAGUUUGCCCAGAGCAGGGGGUGGGUGGUUAGAGAUGGACGGAUCUACUUCCCUGCACAGGCGGUGGUGAAGGCGGAGGGCGAGGAGAGGGAGAUUAGUCAUAGGGCGAUUGAGAAUACGCUGGGUUAUGCGAGGGAGCUGGAGACGAUUGUUUAG